AUGGAUGCUGGAUGGGUCUUUGAGGUACUCGCGGCUAUCGGGGCUGCAGAGGCUAGGCAAAAGGCAAUUGCUUCUGGCCAGGACGGGGCAAGGAAGAAACCGGGAGAAUCGUUCAGUCUGCUUCUGUCGCGACAGCAACCUGCCGACAACGCAACGCAGCCUUCAGAAAAUUCUUCACUAGCCUCACCGUGGCUGGAGCUUGCUGAUUGUCGAGGUCUCUACCAGAUGUCUCUUAAGUCUCAACCCAAGGCGAUGCCAUUAAUUGUUCAGGUACAUGACAUGGUCGAGGCUCUCAAGCAGUGCCUAUUUGAGUUUAUUGUGAUGUCAACCUCCCAAGGUGCCUAUGUCUUUUGUCUGAUAUUGGUUGAGUUUUCUUCUAGAACACAAUCUUUGAAAGGCUUAACUCAACAAAUUAUAAUGAGAACUUCGGUAGAACACUACUGCACUGGUAUUUGGGGAAACCCCCAAAGCAAAACAACUUCUCUAAUCCAGUAUCCAAACAUCGAGUUAUCAAAGUGGCUUACUGGAUGCAACGAUUUCAAGUCGCGGGCGGCACUUGACAUAUAA